UUAUGAUGUUAAUCGUCCUCGUGGUGUUGCUGUAAGGGAUGAUGGUCAUAUUUUAGUAUCAGAAUGUGGUGCUAGCAUUGUUAGCAUACUGAGUAAAGAAGGAAAGAAAUUGAAAUGGUUUGGUAAAGGAUCUAAUAAUAUUACAUUUUCUUCUAAUCAUGGUCUAGUCAUUACUGAUGAUGGAUAUAUUCUUGUUGCUGAUCAUGGCAAUCACAAGAUACAGAAGAUAAGCAUGGAUGGUCAGUAUAUUGAUUCAGUUGGUAGUAAUGGAACUGGACCACUGCAGUUUAAGAGUCCUCAUGGUAUUGCAGUUUCACCAUUGAAGAAACGUAUUUAUAUUGCUGAUACUCAUAAUCAUCGUGUACAAGUACUGAAUCCUGAUCUAAUGUUUUGUCGUUCAUUUGGUAAAGAAGGAACAGGUGAUGGAGAGUUUAAGAGUCCUACUAAUAUUGCUAUUGACAGUGAAGGCUUAGUGUAUGUCACUGAUAUGAAUAAUAAUCGUGUUCAAAAAUUCACUCAUGAUGGUAAGUACCUGUCUAAGUUUGAUGAAGGACAAGGAUCUGGUCCUGGUCAGCUUUAUCAUCCAGCAGGUAUUGCAGUAGAUAAUGCUGGUUUAGUGUAUGUUAGUGAAUAUGACAAUCAUCGUGUCUCAAUUUUCACAAGUGAUGGUGCGUUUGUUCAUAGUUUUGGAGAGAAAGGAGCUAAUGAAGAUCAGUUUCAAGAUCCUCAUGUUGGAGUGACAUUUGAUAAAGAUGGUCUCCUUUACAUUUGUGACACAUAUAAUAAUAGGCUAGUAGUUUAUUAAGUUUGUUACUGGUUAUUAUAAGUUUGUACUUUUAGUUUAAUUAAAU